AUGGCGCAAGUCAGAUUUGAAGAGGAUGUCUAUGCAAGAAAGACUCCCGAACCAGAUCACCAUUUAAGAAGGAGCAACAACUUUUCCAAGAGAGAUCAUCGAUUCAAGCCGUAUCAGCGUUCCCGUUUUGGUGAAGGAUCAGUCAAUGCUGUCGAGGAAGAAUUCUCAGAUUGGAGGGAGGAUCCUAAACUCCCACCUAAAUUGCAUGAAUAUUGUUUCAAUGUUAACCCUGCAGGAUUAAUUAAGACCCUAAACAAGAUGGGAGAUACCGUGCAGGGGCCUAGAAAGAGUGACAGGCUUGGAGAGAAGAAGGAUCCGUCAAGAUGGUGCGACUUCCAUUCAGAUAUUGGUCAUACAACCGACGAAUGUGUUGCGCUCAAGAAGGAAGUUGCUUACCUGUUGAAGAAAGGGUAUCUCAAAGAACUCCUAUCAGAUAGAUCCAAAGCUCAAGGAAGGGAAAAAGAAUCCAAGCAAGGUGGCCCCCUACCUCCUCCUCCAAUUGUCAAAACCAUCUGCUUCAUAUCAGGAGGAUCAGAAGUAUGCGGCUUAACAUACUCAGUAGCGAAGCGGCAUGCAAAAGAAAGCAACAAGGAUCAACCCGACAGAAGGGGAAGGUCAAAAAUGGAUAUCCCCAUCAUGUUCAAAGAGAGAGAUGCAGUGGAAGGCCAUCAUGACAGCCUAGUAAUUUCGCUCCCAGUUGGAAAUUGUAUGAUCAAGCGAAUCCUUGUUGACAAUGGAAGCUCUGCAAACAUCAUCAUGCUUGAUACCUUGAAACAUAUGAACAUCGAUGAGAAGAACAUCAUCAACAAGUCAACAAUGCUAGUAGGGUUCAGUGGGGAAACCAAGAAGACAAGCGAAGAGAUCACAUUAGCCACUUAUGCAAAGGGGGUCAACUUACAAGUCAAGUUCCUAGUGAUCGACACUCUAUCAUCGUACAAUAUGAUUCUGAGCAGACCAUGGAUACAUGAGAUGAAGGCCAUCCCCUCCACAUAUCAUCAAGUCAUUAAGUUCCCUACCAGAUGGGGUAUUCGGGAAAUCAAAGGGGACCCUAAAGAAGCCAAGGAAUGCUACAAGAUUGCACUAAAAGCAACAUCUGCAGAGAAGAGUUCAGCAUAG